AUGGCAUUGUGCUAUGGCUCACUUGUCAAGGAAGCCCUUGUGCUUCUCGAUAAGUUCACAGUAGACAGAAAAGGUCUUGAUCAGUUCUUGGAUGAUGCUGAAAAGGAUUUGCAGAACCGAGCUGAUUUGGAGAGGACAUACAUACUUGAACUUGUUUCUGGCUGUAUUGAGCAAAAAAAAUGUCUGGAUGUUGUUAUCAAAGCAUUUAUUGAACAGAACGGAAGAUUGUCCAGAUGUGAUCACAGUCUUUUUGUCAUUAUCUGUUACCUCGCCACAUUUUGUCUUGAUAACCUUGGACUGCAGCAUUUUAGGAGCAUUGUUAAAUCUCUGGAUAUCAACAAGACCAGCAGGUUCUUGAACUUCUUCUUCACAAACCUUACAUCGUGCAUACAAGAGGAAUGGAAUUGUAUCUAUGAUGCUGAUUUUGUGGAGAAGAAAUUUCUUGGCCCACUGCUCAGAUGGCGCCCUGAGAUCAAUAGUCUCAUGGAUCAGCUCGCUUCCAAAAUAUCUCAAGGGAGCAAGGUCAAGACAACUCCAACUACCAAGCCCAAGGAGUUCUCCUUCACCAAAUCUAGACAUAAACCCCUACCUGUGCCAGAGCCAGAGUUCAUCCAACAGCAGGAAAAACGGAAACCAGCCUUAGUACCAAAAAGCACAUACACUGCUCCAAGGGAGAUCCAGUUAAUAAGCAAAAUCAAAGAAAAAAACCAUCAAAUGGCUGAGGAAUGUCUGCAUGAAGCAAAUGUGAAGCAGUUUAGAUGUGCAAACCCUGAGAAGUCUGAACACACAAAGAGAGUGAUUGCCCAGAUUGAGGAAGACUUCGAAACAAAACUCAAGUUGAAUUCCUGUCAUUCUCGGCUUCCACCCAGUAACAUGGCUGACAACUGUCCAAUCAAGCUAAACAAUGCAGCCAUUCUGAGGCAAGAGGCGAUGUAUGAUCGCCAGGUGAAGGAGGAGCUACAGAGGAUAGAGCAGCUGGUGCAAGGGGCUGGAGAGCCUUCAUCUUUCCUGCAGUGGCAGAGGGAGAUGCUUGAGAAGGACCGUCAGGAGAAGCUGCCCAUGAUUGAACAGAAAUACCAAGAAGGAUACCUGAGUGAAGAGAAGAAAGCUGUGGCUCGUAAACAACGGCAGGAACGUGACCAAAGGGCUGCACAGCUAAAUAAAGAAGAGAAAACUCAGCUGAUGCAAAGAUAUGCUGAGAAACGGUUGCAGGAAGAAAAAGAGAUGAGAGACUUGGUGCAACAAGUGGCAGGGGACCAGAAGAAAUCGAAAGCAGCUAAGGAAAAAUUACAGAAACUGAAGCAAACAAUAGUUAAAGAAGUGUCAGAACAAAAUCAGGAACUCCUUCGCCAAGCGCUAGACGAAGAACAGGCAAAACUCUGCAGAAGAUUUGAAAUGAUUCACGAAGUUCAUGCCAUUGAAUCACUUCCUCACAUUAGAUUCAACAAAUUUGAUGACACAAAGAUUGCAGGGCAUGAACUGAUGGAAGAGAUGUCCAUGGCCGAGUUGAAGGAGCGGCUGGCGAUGACGAAGAAGGCCCGGCAAACAGAGCAGGAGGAGAGACGCAGACGCAUCCUGAAGGAGAGGCAGAAGAAAAAGCAGCAGCUGCAGAAGAAAAUUGAAACCAUUGAACUGCUUUCGAGAGUGAAGGCAAAGGCUGCUGCCGCCAAGUCAGGACAGCGUUUGCCUCUGACAAAUGCCUCACAUUGAAGUUUGAGUAUAUAUGAAAUGUUGGAAUGAAAAAUAGUUAUAAUUAGGAAUAUUUGGAAAACCAAACAAAAAA